CAAUUCUUUACCAUCUUAUGUUACUCGCGAGACAAUACUCCUCAGAUGGUGGUCCGCUUAUCGCGCCUCGCGUCAUAUGAGUAGUCCCAAAAUAUAACAACGUUGAAUGCUGCCCCGUGCAUCCGGUUCUCAGCUCUUGCUCACCGAUCGCAUUCAACCUGGAUCGCCCCGCCUCCAUGCUAGACAGCACGAGUCACUCUGAAAAGGUUCACGUCGCGCCGGCUCUGCCCACCGUCAUGGAGCAGAUCCAGAAGGAGGAUAGAUUUGACGAGAAGAAGAGGACUAUCUCUGACGGGGUAGAGGAGGUGCCUUCGCACGAUGAUCAUGACGAUGGCGCUGUGCUGGACUUCGGCACUGACGAUCCGUUCCCUAUGGAUCCCAAUGCGACAGAAGAACAGCAGUUCACGUUUCGGGCCGUGUUCGUCGGAUGCGCACUCGGUGCUGUGAUCUCUGCUAGCAACGUGUAUCUCGGACUGAAGACUGGAUGGACGUUCGGCGCGUCCAUGUUCGGGUCAAUUUUCGGUUUUGCAAUCCUCAAGCCGCUCUCUAAAGCACUGCCAGAGAGGUUUGGUGGCGGAUACUUCGGUCCCAAAGAGAACCUUUGCUGCCAGAGUGCUGCAACGGUACGAUAG